CAGAUUAUGUUUACUUGAGAAUUCCUCCAGCAACCCGUACCUAAUCAAAGAAUAGAAGAACUCAACAAGACUGCAAGUGGCAACGUGGAAGCAAAAGUUGUAUGCUUCUAUAGACGACGUGAUAUCUCCAACACUCUAAUAAUGCUUGCCGAUAAGCAUGCUAAAGAAACAGAGGAAGAAACGGAGAUGACGGUUGAGGCUGACUUGACUGAGAAGCAGAAGCAUCAGUUGAAACAUAGGGAGCUCUUUCUGUCCCGCCAGUAUGAAUCUCUUCCUGCAACGCACAUCAGGGGGAAAUGCAGUGUUGCCCUGCUGAAUGAGACAGAGUCGGUGUUGUCGUACCUUGAUAAAGAGGAUACCUUCUUCUACUCAUUGGUGUAUGACCCUUCAGUGAAAACAUUAUUAGCCGACAAAGGGGAAAUCAGAGUGGGACCAAAGUACCAGGCCGACAUUCCAGACAUGCUACCAGAAGGAGACCCAGAUGAGAGGGAACAAUCAAAAUUGGAAGUUAAAGUUUGGGAUCCCAAUAGUCCACUUACGGAUCGACAGAUUGACCAGUUUUUAGUUGUAGCCCGUGCUGUUGGGACAUUUGCCCGCGCCCUGGAUUGCAGCAGCUCCGUGAGGCAGCCCAGCUUGCAUAUGAGCGCGGCUGCGGCCUCCCGAGACAUCACCUUGUUCCAUGCCAUGGACACACUGUACAGGCACAGCUAUGACCUGAGCAGUGCCAUCAGUGUCCUCGUGCCACUUGGAGGACCGGUCCUGUGCAGAGAUGAGAUGGAGGAGUGGUCGGCCUCUGAAGCCAGCUUGUUCGAAGAAGCCCUGGAGAAGUAUGGCAAAGACUUCAAUGACAUCCGCCAGGACUUUCUCCCAUGGAAGUCCUUGACGAGCAUCAUUGAAUAUUACUACAUGUGGAAAACUACUGACAGAUACGUGCAGCAGAAACGCCUAAAAGCAGCCGAAGCUGAGAGCAAACUGAAACAAGUAUAUAUCCCAACUUACAAACCAAAUCCCAACCAAAUAUCCACCAGCAAUGGCAAGUCUGUGAACGGAGCUGUGGGGACCACGUUCCAGCCCCAGAACACCCUCCUUGGGCGAGCCUGUGAGAGCUGCUAUGCCACACAGUCUCAUCAGUGGUAUUCCUGGGGCCCGCCUAAUAUGCAGUGUAGACUGUGUGCGACCUGUUGGCUGUACUGGAAAAAGUAUGGAGGUCUGAAAAUGCCCACCCAGUCAGAAGAACAGAAGUCUCCCAGCCCUACUGCAGAGGACCCACGUGUGAGGAGCCACCUGUCCCGGCAGGCCAUGCAGGGCAUGCCGGUCCGGAACACUGGGAGCCCCAAGUCUGCAGUGAAGACCCGCCAAGCUUUCUUCCUUCAUACUACAUAUUUCACAAAAAUUGCUCGUCAGGUCUGCAAAAACACCCUGCGGCUGCGGCAGGCAGCGAGACGGCCGUUUGUUGCUAUUAAUUAUGCUGCCAUUAGGGCAGAAUAUGCAGACAGACAUGCCGAACUUUCUGGAAGCCCGCUGAAAAGCAAAAGCACUAGGAAACCUUUGUCAUGUAUCAUUGGGUAUUUAGAGAUCCAUCCUGCAAAGAAACCUAAUGUAAUUCGAUCUCCACCGAGCCUGCAAACGCCAACCACCAAGCGGAUGCUCACCACUCCGAAUCACGCGUCUCUGAGCAUUCUGGGGAAAAGAAACUACAGUCAUCACAAUGGCCUGGAUGCCUCCAAGAUUCGGAUGGUGAAUUCUCUGGUUUUCGGCAGGGGAGGACAUGAACUCGGAAGCCUGCAACUAGAGACUGUAAAAGAGAUUGCUUUUGUGGCAUCGGUUGGUCAGAGGGCAGAGUCUCCGAGUCCACGGGCUUCAAGCACUUCUGAGUAGUCAAACCAAUAGGGAACAUUUGGCAGAAAACAAAAACUUACCUGCUGCGUGUCCGACUGAGCUAUCCCUAUUCCAUCCUGUUCUUCAAGACCUGCUGCUAUUCCGCUGGUGGUCACAGCCAUGCCUGGAAAAAAGGUGGCCCCUUCAGUGGGAGAGCUCUGUGUACACCCCCUUGGAGGCCUCAGGGGGCAGGGAAGAAACUGUAGGAGUGCACAAUUCGUAUCUGCGACUCCAUGUGUGUGCCAGUGGCACCUAGCUUCCUUCCCGGAGACCUCGCUAUCCCAGACUGGACCUGAGAACCGAGGC